AUGGAUAGAAACUCUAUAUUGAUAUCAUUGGCUGCAGAAAUCAGUCCAUCAUAUGCAAUGAAAAUCAAUAAUGUAAAUAUCGACGACCAAUUAUGGGCCGACAAUCUACAAGAAUCUGCCGGAUUAUUCCCAUCAUCGCCAAUGAGAGGUAUCAUGUCCUCGACAGUAUCAAAGUCUAGUAGCAAUGGUGAACACAUCACUAUGGAAUCUGUAUCAUCUUGUGCAAAUACUCUAUCCACCGAAUAUUACAAUUUCAAUUUCAGAAUGGGUGCUCCAAUCGCUGGAAAAGAUUUCGAUCUCACUCCAACUUAUUCACAUGGUUAA